GAACCCGGCGGAGGCGCCGCGGUUCCGGUGUCCGCCCAGUCGCACAAGCUGAAGUGGAGCCAGGAUGCCGCGAUCGGCAACGGGGGCGACGUGGGGGUGAUCUUGUGCCACCGCGUUCAGCAGCUGCACGAGGACUACCUCGAGCGCCACUGCCCCGUCCUGGUCGAGAGUCUUGGCGCGAAGGCGCGGUGCGACAGGGCGUUUGCGGCGAAGGAGGACGGUGAAGGUCAGAAUAUUGAAGUGCAACAGUUGAGAACUGGCAGCGGAGCCCGCCGCCCGAAAAUGGAGAAUCACCACUGCGAGCAGAGCCAGACUCCGAAGUUAGUUCAUGAAGCUCUGCGCGCGGGCAGCUGUCAUUCAACAUUUUCUCGAGGCGCGCAGUCGCGCGAGACGGCGGUUCCAGGCUGCUGGGGCCAUGGCCAGAUCGGCGGCUUCAGCCGCGAGGUCCUCGACGUACCCUUCGGGAGCGUUGGGGGGCGAGCGGCGCGGGGCGCCCUGUCUAGGGAUCUCUCCGAGAACGCUUCCAGGUGCGAGGCAGAACCAGCUGCGACCUAUUUGCAGCUCCACCGCUCCAGUGAGAUCCGCAGUGAGGUCGGUGGCCUGGCGCGUAAUAUCGCGUGGAAAUGCGCCUGCGGGCCUUGGAUUGGCAGCGGGCCCCGCGAGGUGGACAUGCUGCGCGG